AACCCCAUCAGUGCCAUGCAACUACCAGUCUCCCAUUGUCGUCAAGUCAAACCACUUCCCGCAGCCUUCAAAUCUACACACCACUCCGCACACCACCGCCACUUCCUCUGCAAAUGGACGGCCAGAACCAGUCCUCUGAAGAGGACUCCAAGGAUGAUGAAAAGGGGGCAAGAAGUGAAACUAAUUCCAAUAAGCCAGAAUUCUCUGAAGAUGAGGAGAUGCUCAUAGCUAGGAUGUUUAGGCUUGUUGGAAGGAGGUGGUCUCUGAUUGCUGGGAGAAUUCCAGGGAGAACAGAAGAAGAGAUUGAGAAGUACUGUACUUCCAAGUAUGGUUUGCCAGGCUCUGAAUGAUGAUGAUGAUGCCACUCCAUUCAUGUUCAUGUAUUGCUGGCUUAAUUAAUUUGAUGGUUUCAUGUAAAUACAUGAAAAGUGAUAUUUGUUCUUGUUAAGAUGUACGUCCAGCAAGUGUGUUAUGAUUCUUAUGAAUUGUAUUAAUCACUCACCGUUCGUCCAGUAAAAGUGUGUUAUGAAUUGUGUUAA